GUCUGUCGGGGACUGGAAGGCAUAACGGGGGAGGAGCCACUGUGAGAUGGAGAAGCGGGAUGGAAGUAGCUAUGUCUUCAAAAAGGAGACUGUGAACAAGCUGCUCCAGCGCCACUUCAAAGAUGACAAAACGCAAGUCAGUGAUGAUGCUCUUUUGCUGGUGGCAGAACUGCUCAAAGUGUUUGUUCGAGAGGCCGCAGCACGGGGAGCACGCCAGGCUCAGGCAGAGGACCUGACCAGGGUGGAUGUGGAACACGUGGAAAAAGUGCUGCCACAGCUGCUUCUGGACUUCUGAAGUGUGAACAACGCAAAGCAAACAUUCUUUUUCACACAGAAAUGUCUCCUGGAUUCUGGAUGAAGUGGAUCAUAGACUUUUUCUCUUUUUUUUACAUGGAAUCUGUUGUAAAGGGACUUUGCAUUAGUUGCUGACUGAUAUAGUAUUGGCAGCUCUUCUUCCCUCUUUAAAAGCUGCUCCUCUCUCCCCAUCUUUUUCCUGGGUGCCCAGUAAUUUUAGAGUGGUGCGUGAAAGGGUUUAGAGUCUGUCUCUCUGUCUUUUCACAACAGAAGGCCUAGAGCUGAGGGCACCUGGCCCAUCCUGCCACUUCCCAUUCACAGCCAGGCAGAGUCUACACUUUCUUUUCCGAUGGGAAAAACAGGUGCCUUUCUGUAGUGGUGUGUGGAAAGAGGGAGUACGCCUGGAGGAUUUCCCCCCAUACCAUGGGCUCUCAUCACCUCAGCAAGCAUUUAAAGGCCAACUUCAGUCCUGUCUGCUUUCUGAGGUCUUAAACAGGAGCUAGCCCCAGGUCUAUGCCAACAGCAGGUAACUGAACUUUAUUUUAUAAAUAAACAGUGCCUGUCCCUCAAUCCUUUCCAGCAUUCCACUGGGGCCAUGACAUCAAAGAGUGCUUGGAACCUUUUAACCAUUUGAUAUUCCUCUCAGAAGCUGCUUCCCUCUGCUAUAAAUUUGUUCUCACAAAGAAACUUCAAUAAAUCAAAAAUGGUCUC